UGUGUGAUGUUGGACUGGGGUGAAAGCAGCCGGUGCCGGUUCUAACGGCCUGUCCCGUCUCGCCGCCCUGUAAAUCAGAGUGUCUGAGGCGAGACAGACGCUUUGAAAAUGCAACCGAGCUCAACUAAGACCAGGACCGUCGAUGAAUAAACAAAAGUUUGCUUUUAUUUUGGCCUCUAUUCACCUCUAUCCAUUGUGUCUGCAGACGCUUGUGAAACCGCCGCGGGUCAGGAUUCACUGUGUGGCCGACUGUUACCUGCUCCAUCAGACACAAGCGCGGCUGAGACACCUGCACCGGCGUCUGUUCCGGCAUCGGGCCCUUUGUGCGCCUCCGUCAAUUUGGAUCCGCUCCACGGACCUGAACGCUGACACGGUGCCCCCUGGAGGCGGCCCGCUGGGUUUAACAAGCUGUGGAGUCUGAGCACACUGGUCUGAGAACAGAGACAUGUGAUGAAUUGUCCGCGUUUGAGCACACAGUCUGUGAUUAUGAUUUGUUUUCAUUUCAUGAUUUCUGGUCUAAUUUGUCGGCAUCACUUCAUUCUCUUUUGCUCCAAGCGCAGCACGUGCGUACAGACGUGGAUGUCCAUCCAUCCACAUCUGGCUGAACUCCCCCUCCAGAUGUGCUCCGGGUAAACGAGCCAGCGCUGUUCGCAGCUCGUCCCUGCCCUCACGGGUCUGAUUGUGCUUCUCCACGGGGCCUCUGAGUCGCAGAGCGAUGAAUGUUUACAGCCGCUCUCGUCCAUCAUGCUGGUUCAGGCUCUGCUCCAGACGUCGCUGGUCCUCUGGUUGGUCCACCAGUCUCUGCAAGGCGGGGUUGGCGUUAAACCUCAAAGUGUGUCCUGGGGGAGAGGGCUCCCAGCCAGAGCUGUUGGUGUUGGAGUAAAACCUGGAGUGACAGGAGCUCUUGGUGCACUGGGCAGUCGAUACGGCAGCAAAGCCAUGAAGACUGGAAUUGGCCGUUACCCAGCGGCUCACCUUGGUGUUGGCGGCUACAGAGGACUUGGAUUAGGAGGUAGAGCUGGUCUGAGGCAGGGGACCCCAGGAGCCUAUGGUGCCAGUCUGGGCACAGGAAUGGCUCUGGGGGCUGGACUGAGCAAUGGGCUGGGCCUGGGUCAGGCAGGAAAACGCGUCUAUGGAGCUGGACUUGGCUCUUUACCUGGAUACGGGCCGUUCGCUGGCAUUGGAUAUCCUGGAGCCAGACCCGGUGCGUCUGCAGCAGAUUUGGGUGGACCUGAGCUGGCCGGUCUGGGCCAAGCUGUUCAAGAUCUGAAGAGACAAAAGAGCAGAGCUCUUGGUUCCUUGUUUGGAAGAGGCGGUGUUCGUGAGCUUUCUAGACCCGAAUUACAGGUUGAAAGUCGUAACCCAGUAGUCGUGCCAGCCAAUCCCGCGUCAUCGGGACCUCUUGAUGCCUCACGUGUAGAAGAAGGAGACGGUUAUGAUCCCGCGGUCUUGAAAAGGAAGAGCUCCACGCGUCAUGGAGCCACACUGACGGCUGGAGGCCUCCAACAGCAACUGCCCCUCAAAAGUCCAAAUAUGAGAGGACUGACGCCUGGUCCGUCUCAAGCAAAGAGCGCCAAAGACUACGAGUCCUCACUUGGGCCAAAUCACCAGACUCCAAGCUGUGGAUCUGCCAGUGAUUUGUCAGAUGCACUGGAAAACAGUCGCCACGGCAUUCUGGGUUUAGACACACAGGAGCCCCAGCGUUUGGUGCCGCCCGUUAGUAAAGACAGCAAAUAUCUUCAAGGAAAAACAACCUAUCCUCUCCCUGGAGCUCAAACCCAUGAAGCCAGAAGCCUCAUAUCGUCUCUUCCUCUAGGUCAGGGAGCCAGGAGCUAUUUAUUAGCAGCGGAAGACAAACAGAGAGUCAAAGACCUCGGUCUUGUGCCCGAGGACAGAAACGGGCUCAGGAUCCGUGGGAGCGUUGCUGUGGAAAAGCGCUCUCGUGGAUCCGUGAGUCUUCAAGUGCAAGGAAGGAGGAACUCUGGACCAAGUGGGAGCCAGGGUUUAGGCACGGUGUCGGUAGGAGGGCAGGAAGCUGAAGGCUUCACUGCUGGUGGUGAGGAGGCAAAGCACCUUCCACAUGCUGAAAGGGAUGUGAUUGAACCCAAAGCUCGCGGUCUCCCAUUGCAGACUGGGAGGAGUAACCAAGCAACAAGUUACAUUGGGGGAGCAGGGAGCUACCUGGGUGCGGCCUUGGGCGCUGGGGGCUACGGAACAGGUUUGGGACAGGGAGCGUACCUGGGCGGUGCAGCUGGGAAGCUGGGAGCUGCCGCGGCGCUCGGACAGGGAGGCUAUCCCCAAGGUGCUGCAGGGAUUUCAAACGGCUAUGGUGACGGAACAACAGGUUACUUGGGUGCUGUAGCAGGAAACGGCUUUGGUGGAGAUGCUGGUGCCAAAACCUUGUCUACAGGUUAUGGAAACGGUUACAGCGACGGAUACGGAGUUGGGCUUGGUUACCCUGCAGAGUUAGCUGAUGGUGCAGAGAACAAAGCAGGGAGGAGCGAAGCCCUGAGUACUGGCGGCUACGCUGGACACCUCCAGGGGGCUUAUGGAGCUCUUGGUGCUGGGCUGGAAUCAGCUGGGGGAAAAUACGGAGGAGGAGCUCUUCAGGUUCCUUAUGGCAGCGCUCCAGUGAUUCCCACCGGACUGGAGGGUGACGGCGGUUACCCGUACGCCUCCCAUCAGCUCAGUCUUGGUGCUGAAGGUGCAAAAACCGCCAGCAAAUACGGUUACGGGGCACAGCUAGGAGCAACUCAAGACGUUGUGGGAGAGCAGGCUGGGAAAUAUGGUGGUGUGAAUGGAGCCCUUGGGAAUGGUUACAAAGGCUAAGUCUGAAGUGGAUGGUUUCCAUAAUGUGUUGAGUUCAGUAAGGUGUGAGUCAAUACUUUGGUGUGGCCUGGUCGUCUGUCUUUGUGUUAUAGUACCCGUCCUCCUCUGACAGUGGGCCUUCGCUCGGCCCAGAAGACCUUACGCUUAAACAAUAAGUCAGCAUAAGAGAACUAAUUACUGGAUUUAUGCAAUAAAUUAUGUCAAAUGAU